CGCUCUCCUCCUCCUCUCUGCAUCUCGCCUCGGCCUCACGCUCACGGUCUCUGCUCAGUAGACCACUCGUAAACGUGCAGCAGCAGCCAUCCGGACGACAUCUGAGAGGCAUCGCUUCUUCCGCAGCAGCCAUGGGCAGCCCACAGACGAAUGCCUGGGUCGGCGUCAAGGGCCCUGGGUCGCUGGAUUUGAGGAGCGACGUCAUGACGGUCCCGACGCCGUCCAUGCUGGCCGCCAUCUCGCGGUGCUCUCUCCGAGACGACGUCUUCAACGAGGAUGCCACCACUCAGGACCUCGAGGCCCACGUCGCCGGGCUCGCCGGCAAGGAGGCCGGCCUCUUUGUCCUCUCGGGCACAAUGGGCAACCAGGUGGCCCUGCGAAGCCUGCUGGUCCAGCCCCCUCACGGCGUGCUGGCCGACCAUCGCUCGCACAUUAUUGUCUAUGAAGCGGGAGGAGUCUCUUCCCUGACCGGCGCAACCGUCAAGCCCGUCGUCCCCAACAACGGCAUCCACCUGACCCUCGAGGACGUCGAGGCCAACGCCGUCCUCAGCAACGACGUCCACGCCUGCCCCACGCGCGUCAUCAGCCUCGAGAACACGCUCAACGGCAUGGUCAUGCCCCUGAGCGAGGUGCGCCGCAUCUCGGCCUUUGCGCGCCGGCACGGCAUCAAGAUGCACUGCGACGGCGCCCGCCUGUGGGAGGCGGUCGUGUCGGGCGCGGGCUCGCUCGACGAGUUCUGCGCGCUCUUUGACACGGUCAGCCUGUGCUUCUCCAAGGGGCUGGGCGCGCCCGUGGGCAGCAUCAUUGUCGGGGACAAGAAGACGCUGGAUCACGCGCGGUGGACGCGCAAGUCGAUCGGGGGCGGGAUGAGGCAGCCGGGCUUCAUCACGGCCGUGGCGCGGGUCGCCGUUGACGAGACGUUUGGGACGACGCCGGACGGCAGCGACGGGCUGCUCAAGCAGUCGCACGACAUGGCCAAGCGCGUGGAGGCGCUGUGGACGGGGCUGGGCGGGAAGCUGGUGCACCCGGUGCACACCAACAUGGCCUGGGUGGACAUUGAGGCCGCCGGCUGCAGCCUGGAGCGCUUCGUCGAGCUGGGCAAGGAGCAAGGGCUGACGCUCGGGGGAGGCCGGCUGGUGACGCACUACCAGGUUGCGCAGAGGGGGGACGAGGUGCUGCAGCGGCUGGAGCGGGUGUUUAGGAAGGUAUUGGCCUAG